CAAGAAUUUGUGUGCGUUGAUAUAGCAGCUUUCAUCGACUGCUUUUUGCGCAGGAGCGUCCGUGCCGAAGAGGCUCUCUGUGAGUGUGGGCGCCGUGGUUUGACGAUGUGCUGUGCCUGCGUUGUUGCGGGCAGUGGUGUUCUUUCAUUUUCAAUGAUGGAGAGAAUGAGCAGUAAAGGUAAACUAAAGCGUUGCCACCGUUGUGUGUGAACCCCCCGAUUGGCGUGCCGAUGAGCGAUUGACAGGAGGAGCAGAUAUGUAUCGAGCAGUUGCAGCUGUGGUCACAACUUCCAUAGAAAAUUAUGCGGGGACUGUUUGCUCUAGCUCUUGCUCAUCCUCACGCGAACGCGUCAAAAUCAACAUACAUCUCGAUCUGUCUCCAUUAAACCCCAAGUUGUUUUGAUGCGCUCGAAGUCCACCUCCCGCUAGCAAUCUCUGAUUGCAGCACCUGCUGCUCCACAAGAUGUUGUCUGCCGCGCUGCAGCGGACAGCGACAUGUGGCCUCAAGAUGAACAGGAACAGCUGCCGUGUUGGUUUAAAAUCAAAUAAAAUUCCGGCACCUUAUUUCAGACAGCAGCACUUCCAAUCCCGCUUCUUCGCGGGCUCGAUUCCGCCCCCAGAUCCCAGUAGUAAGAAGUACCCGGUGGUUCCUGCGGGUGUUGGGACCGUAGCCCCAAUGGAGGUCUACAACCCGCACGCCAACUGCUACACCGCCCUGGACCCACUGAACCCAGGACAAGCGUGCAGUGACAUGGGAGGCGGGAAUGAAGGUACUACAUGUCUGUAGAAGUGCUGACGUGUUUAUGAUCCUACGUCAACAUCCUUUUUGUCGUGCGUGACCUACGAUCUGAUGUGAACGCCAACGCGGACGUGCAUACAUAGGAAGACUCGCACGACAAACUGCCAGGUAUCCCCCGCGAGUACAUCGCCGCUUUUAUCCAGCAACAGACUAAGCGAGAGCCGGAAUUUCUCGGCGUCAGUACUUACUCCGGGUUGAUUUGGGCGGUGCUUGCGGGCUGGUACUUCAUCUACGGCUACUUCAACAUCACCAGCAACUACCACGACACCUUCUGGCCACGCGUCUUCCUGUUUGGACUUUUCGACUAAGAUGUUGCGAUCACUUAGUACAACACCGGGCUUGCUGCAGUUGGUUUUCGAAAAUACAACUAGCAACGAAAUAAAUGGUUUUAUGGUGACGAUCAUGAGUCAGUAGCAGAAGCAGUCGAGGUUAGUACAUGGCUUCCUCGCGGCGACCUCCUGACACAUUCACGACUCAGUCCAAACGUGAUUGCUGUGAUGAAGCAGGUCGUGCAACUACCUAGAAAAAAAAGAUGAGGCUGCUGCUUCGUUUUCGUUGUUCGAAAAGACUGCAAGAACCAUGAUGAGGAGGUCGAAAUAAAAUCACAUUGUACACCAGAAGUAGCAAAGAAACAGAAAGUAAGUAAGCAAAAUAGCUCAACAAGCUCAUGACCUCACGCAGAAUCACUAGCACCAUCAAAACAAAGAUGAUGUUCGGAAAAUCUGCAACAUCUUUUCACUGCACGAAAAAAAGACAAUCGCAGAUCUUGACGAGGACGACGAGGUUUUUCAUCGUCCUCUUCAUACGAAAAAGUAAAGACGCCAAAGUUGUAGAAGAUCUUCACCGGAAGCGUAACCGCUUACUACACAAAACGCGUUUUAUUUUCGCGGCCAUUGCUUAUGCUUUGCGUUCUCGUGCUCGACUACAUCAUCUUUGGUUUAUGUUGAACAAAUUUGAUUUGAACACGAAACCAUGGUAGCGACUGAAGG